CUCAUCCUUAGACUCUCCUGCAUCCUUGCUCUCAGAUUAAAUAAAUAUAGUUAGAGUCUUAUAAAGUCUUCUUAGGUUAUAACCUAUACCACUUAAAAUGGAGAUGUGCUUUGGAUUACUUCAGACCCGUGGAUCUAAGAUGUUUUCCUCAUGGAUCUGCUUGACCCUUCUUUAUUCAAUGCUGUUAACGUGGACCAGUGUUGACAGUUGGUCUUACUACUACUCCAACACCACCAUGAACUGGCAAGACGCUCGAACCUGGUGCCAGGAUCACUACACAGACAUGGUGGCCAUCCAGAACCAGGAAGAAAUCAAGCAUCUCAAUGACUGGCUGCCCUACAAAAAGACAUACUACUGGAUUGGGAUCCGCAAGAUCGAAAGUGUCUGGACCUGGGUAGGCACCAAGAAAGCUCUGACAGCAGAAGCGACCAACUGGGCAAAUGGUGAACCAAACAAUGGCAAGACUCCAUAUAGCAAGGAGGAUGAGGAUUGUGUGGAAAUGUACAUUAAAAGGGAUGCAGAGCAAGGCAAGUGGAAUGACCAGAGGUGCGGAAACAUGAAAACGGCUCUGUGCUACACAGCUGCCUGUAAGAAUGACUCGUGUCGCUAUGGAGACUGUGUUGAAACCGUCAACAGCCACAAGUGCGCUUGUUUUGAAGGCUUUCAUGGAGAGACGUGUGAGCAAGUCGUUACAUGCAAAAAAGAGGAAGUGACUGUUCCAUAUAAAGGAAAUGUAAGUUGCACGCACAUGUAUGGAAACUUCUCCUACAACUCCUCGUGUGAGUAUUCCUGCGAGACAGGAUACCAGCUAACGAUGCCAAGGCCCUUGAGAUGCACUGCGACACAGAAGUGGUCAGAGGAGCCUCCUGCAUGUAAAUUGGUUCAGUGUCCGGUGCUGUCUUCUCCAGCAAGAGGGUCCAUGAUGUGCACAAAUCCCCUGGGCCCGUCCAGCUACCUGUCCACCUGUGUGUUCACCUGUGAUGAGGGCUUUGCACAAACUGGUUCUCCAUCUAACACUCUGCAGUGUGGAGCGUCAGGUCGUUGGAACGCUUCACAGCCAUCUUGUGUUGCUAUCCCAGUGCCUGCUCCACAGGAGCUAGAGAACGGCUUUGUCAGCUGUGGAAAUGUAGACGAAACGUUCAUCCCCAGAAGAUCCUGCAAAUUCAGCUGUGCCUCUGGCUACCGCCUGGUGGGGCCGGACACGUUGACAUACACAGCAGCGGCUGAGCUGAGUGAAAAUACACCUCGGUGUGAAGCAAUCACUUGUCGGAAACCAGAGGGAGACACUCAGCUGAUCCCGAAGUGCAGCAAAUCACUCGCGGAGCUGCGACCAGGCUCCACCUGCAGCUUCAGCUGUGGUGCAGGCUUUAAACUGAAGGGAGUGGACACGAUUCAGUGUUCUGAUGAUGGGAAGUGGAGCAAACCUACACCAACCUGCCAAGCAAUAACAUGUCCUGCUCCUGAGAUUCCAACAAAUGGCCAGAUCAGCUGCAGCCUUUCACUUCCCUCACCUUCUCUCACCGAGGCCUCUCAUCCACUUGGUGUGAUCUGCACUUUUAGCUGUGAUGAGGGCCACGAGCUCCAAGGAUCACACAGCAUGGAGUGUGGACAUCCAGGCCAGUGGACCUCUGCACCACCAACCUGCACAGUUGUAAGCUGCCCACUGCUCAAGGCUCCUGAAAAUGGUUUAAUUAACUGCUCAAACAAUGAGACAGUGUACAACUGUCAGUGCUCCUUCACAUGCAAUCAAGAUUACACACUGAAUGGACAUGAGCUGUUGACGUGCAAUCAUCAUGGCAACUGGACUGGAGAGAGACCAACCUGCCAAGCCUCGCCAUCUGAAGUUUCUGCUCUUGCCUCUGGUGCGGCAGUAGGGGGCGCCCUAUUAAGUGCUGGCUCUCUGGCUAUAUGGUUCCUGAAACGGGCCCUGAAGCAGAAAAAAGACACGUUUGAGUUGAGCAGCUCCUCCGACAUAGAAGCCCCUCCUACAGAGGUCUACAGAAACAGCACUGACACCGUGGAAUGCCCCCAGCUGCCCCAGACUGAUAACGGAGAUUUUAGCUGUCCUGGAGGAAACCAGACAUUUAACUCAACCUGUCAGUUGAAAUGUCACUUUGGGUUCCUGCCUACUGUCCCGCUCGCCAUCACCUGCGGGGCCAAUGGUCUCUGGACUGGCCCAAGACCAAUUUGUAAAAGAACCCCGGAGAAACAACAAGUCCUUCCAGUGAAGUGCAUGGAUAAAGGACAAAUGUCUCAAAAACAGGUUCACACUGGACGGAGGCUGCAUCAUAAGGUGCUAAUAGCAGCAUUUUUUGUUUUUACCCAAGAUAUGAGCAGCGCUCGGGCAUGGACCUACAACUACAGCACUAGUCCAAACCGGAGGUGGAUUCAGGCCAGUCAGUGGUGCCGGCAGCACUUCAAGGACAUGGUCACCAUCCAGAGCAGGGAGGAGACUGACUUCAUCAACAAUCUGCUGCCUUUUAAUUCAAAAUAUUACUGGAUAGGCAUUCAUAAAGUGGAUGGAGUGUGGACCAGGGAGGGAAGCAAUGAGAAAGUGCCAGAAGAUGAUCAGAAUUGGGCUCCAGAGGAGCCUGAUGACAUAGCAGGACAGGACUGUGUGGAGAUGUAUAUCAAGAGGGCGAGCGACACAGCAAUGUGGAACAAUGAAAAAUGUCACAGUAAAAAGGGAACAGUCUGCUACUCUGCCUCUUGUAAACAGGAUUCCUGCAGUGUCCAUGCAGACUGUGUGGAGACCAUAGGGAACUACACCUGCAGGUGCCAUCCUGGUUUCCUUGGACCACGCUGUGAAGAGGCCAUCUCAUGCAAACCACUGCUGGAUCCAGAACAUGGUUUUCACAACUGCUUCCACUCCUAUGGUUCUCAUCAUUUCAAUUCUUCCUGCCAUUUCCGCUGUGAACUUGGGUUUCACUUAGUGGGAGCGUCCAAAAUGUUGUGCCAAACCACUGGACUCUGGGACCACCAUGCUCCUCUGUGUCAACCUGAACAGUGUCCAGUUCUGAACCACACCGACAGCAGCGGAGGUAGUGUGAACUGCAGCCACCCCGUCGCACCUUACAGCUACAACUCCACCUGUGAGAUCAGGUGUGAUGAGGGCUAUGAGCUCAGUGGAGAGGGCUGGACACGCUGUGACCACACUGGCCAGUGGACAGCCAGUGCCCCAGCAUGUACAAUAAAGAUGUGCAACCCCAUUUUCUUUCCUGUGAACGGCAACGUGACAUGUGUGCACACUCUGGAGCCUUUCUCAUUUGGUACACAGUGUAACUUCACCUGCCAGGAGGGCUACUACAUGUCUGGAGACAACACACUCAACUGUCUGGCUUCAGGGGAAUGGAGCAAACCUACACCCACGUGUACAGUGGUAAAGUGUGGCAGUCUAGUGGCUCCACCUAAUGCUGCCUCAGUGCAAUGCCAAGGCCCUUUAGGAGAGUACAGCUAUGGCUCAACAUGCAUUGUACAAUGUGAAGAGGGAUUUGAUCUGAUUGGCACAAAUGUGACACAAUGUUCUUCACACGGAAACUGGAGUCACACACUUCCGCUCUGCCAGGCCAAGAGGUGUGAUCCCAGGAGUCCUCCUUCUCACGGCUCCAUUUCCUGUUCUGACCCCAAUGGUUCCUUCAGUUUUGGUUCUCAGUGCACGUCAAGAUGUGAUGAAGGUUUUGUCCUGAAUGGGACAGCGAGCACUAAGUGCACCUCCCUGGGAACAUGGAGCGCAGGCAACCCACAAUGCUUGGCUAAAAGUUGCCUCUCUCUGAACUCUCCUGUAUACGGCUCCUUGAAAUGCUCGGAUCCACAUGGAGAGUUCAGUUUUGGUUCUCGGUGCACAUCGACCUGUGGUGAUGGUUUUCUCCUGAAUGGCAAGGCUUCCACAGAGUGCACCUCUCUGGGCACGUGGAGCUCAGACAUCCCACUUUGCAUGGCUAAGAGAUGUCCCAGUCUCAGUCCUCCCCCUCAUGGCUCCUUUCUCUGCUCUGGUCCACAUGGAGAGUUCAGUUUUGGUUCUCAGUGCACCUCAAACUGUGAGGAGGGAUUUGUCCUGAAUGGGACGGCUGUUACUGAAUGCACUUAUCUAGGCACAUGGAACAGAGACUUCCCACGCUGCCUGGCUAAGAAAUGUCCUGCUCUCGUGUCUCCCUCUCAUGGCUCCCUUCUCUGUGUGAAUCCUCAUGGAGAGUUCAGUUUUGGUUCUCGUUGCACAUCAACCUGUGAGGACGGAUUUCUCCGGAGUGGGUCGGCAAACACUGAGUGCACCUCUCGGGGCUCAUGGAGCAGAGAAAUAGCCAACUGUCAGGCAGGCCCAUGCCCCCUACUGGCCAAAGCUCCACAGCAUGGGAGGAUGAACUGCAGCCAUCCAUAUUCUCCUUUCAGCUAUGAGUCCCACUGUGACUUUGAAUGUAAUGAGGGUUUCUGGCUGAAAGGAACACCAACUAUAACAUGUAAUAACUCGGGCCACUGGAGUCAUGAGCCACCAACCUGCCAGCCGGUGCAGUGUGAGGCCAUCCAUGGUCUGUCGUUAUCUCUGUCUGUGAACUGCACUCAUCCUCUGGGGAAUUUCAGCUUUGGCUCCCAGUGUAUUUUUACCUGUGAUGAUGGAUUUUCUAUGAAUGGCAGCGAGGUGCUGCUUUGCUCUUCUGCUGGGUUUUGGAAUGAAUCUUUGCCUGAAUGCACUGAAAAUAUGCUGCUUGCAUCCCCCAUGUUGAUGUCCAGUGAAUUCAUGGCAGUCUAUAUUGUAAUACCACUUAUCCUGAUUGGUCUGGCAGUUUUCCUUCUCAUGCGAUUCAAGAAACAAGGAACAGCAAUCAUGCAUGAUGCACUAUUGGAAGAACGAGAAAAUCCAGCCUUUGAGUUCUGAUUAUUUCUUGAUAUAUGCAGCAAAUUGUUUCAAACACUGUCUUUUAAUGCAUGCUCAUGAUUGCUAGAUUAGAGCUUGACAUUAAAUACAUUUUCCACUCAGACAGGCUUUGCACAUUUAAAUGAUCAUGCAGUUAGGGUGACAUUCGUUUGUUUUUUAAAAGCUGAAAUCUUACAUGGCAAACAUAAAGCAAACUGGCUAUGCGUUUUGCUUGUACAUCACUUAUAAACAAUUAGUAAAUGAGUUAAUACAUUAGAA